AUGUCUAAGCCAACGAAGAGAGACCGAGAACGAGAGGAGGCGGCUAACAUUAGCGCAUUUACCACGGUGCUAACUGAUAAGCUAGCCGAGACAAAAGCGGAGUUACUGGCGGAGAUUAAAGACACUUAUUCCAAAUACGAGACGAAGCUGAACGCUGUCCAGGCCACUGUUGACGACCAUGCCACACGCAUUUCUGGUUUGGAACGGUCUGCAGACGAUACUACCACUGAUGUUACGGAUGUCCAGGCUAAGCUAUCUGAGCUGGUCGGUGACAAUGCUAAGCUCAAGGCUAAAGUAAUGGAUCUUGAAAGCAGGAGUCGUCGUAACAACAUCAGAAUCGUCGGGCUACCGGAGGAUGUUGAGGGCGUCAAGCCAACAGCCUUUUUCUCCCAACUACUUGUUGAUGUGCUUGGUGCUGAUACUCUUCCGUCACCCCCGAGGCUGGAUAGGGCGCAUCGCCCGCUAGCUGCUAAGCCAGGGCCCCAGGGUCGACCACGGGCUGUCGUGAUAUGCUUCCACCACUUCGAAACACGGGAGCUGGUUGUGCGAGCGUCCCGGAAACUACGAGGCAAGCUAAAGUAUAAGGACUCUGCCAUCCACAUAUUUGAGGAUUAUAUUCCGGAGGUUAUGGAGCAACGCAACCGGUACAGAGACGUCAUGAAGUCACUCUACGAGCUGGGAUGCAGACCUGCUUUGAGGUACCCUGCUAAGCUAUUUGUUGUGCUUGAGGACGGCUCGAAGAAACAUCUCUCCUCCGUGAAAGAAGCCACUGACUUUAUCUCUCGUCGUCAAAGAGCUGCAGAACGUGAGACUGAAUAG